AUGCCUGCCGUCAAAGAGGCCUUUGCUGCUCAGCAACUCGCAGAUGAUUACGAGUCGUCUUCCCCCUUCGUCAUGACCUCUGCCGACUCCGCGACGCCCCGCAAGAUGCCAACGAUCCAGCGCCUCGACAUCAUCGACAUUCGCGGCGCCCAGGUCGACUUCAACCUCAAGGAGGACAUUACCGGCCGUCUGAACCCCGUCAGCGGCCACCGAACGCUCCCGACGAUGCUGCUGUACGACGAAAAGGGCUUGCAGUUGUUUGAGGAUAUUACAUAUCUGGACGAAUACUAUCUUACAAACUACGAAAUUGAGCUUCUCAAGAAACACGCCGCCGAGAUGGCCAGCCUCAUCCCGGCUGGCGCCAUGCUUGUCGAGCUUGGAAGCGGCAAUCUGCGCAAGAUUUCCCUCGUCCUCGAUGCCUUUGAAAAGAUUGGCAAGCCCAUCGAUUACUACGCGCUCGACUUGUCAGAGCAAGAACUGCAGCGCACGCUUUUGCAGAUCCCCGACUACAAGCACGUCCGUAGCCAUGGACUCUGGGGCACAUAUGACGACGGCAAGGACUGGUUGAAGCAGUUUGCCCAUGAUGAUCGCAGUAUUGUCAUCAUCCACCUCGGCUCCAGCAUUGGAAACUUUUCGCGUGACGAGGCCGGCGCGUUCCUGCAAGGCUUCGCCCAGGUCAUGAAGCCGACAGACUCUGUCAUCAUUGGCAUCGAUUCGUGCUGCGACCCGGACAAGGUCUAUUUCAUCCACAACGGCCUUCGCCACGCCAACGACAUCUACGGCACCGAGGUCUUCCACCUGGAAGACUGGAAAGUCAUUGGCGAGUUCAUCUACGACGAGGACGGCGGCCGCCACCAGGCCUUCCUCUCGCCCACCAAGGAGGUCACCGUCCUCGGCACCACCAUCAAGCAAGCCGAGACGCUCAAGAUUGAGCAGAGCCUCAAGUACUCGCAGGUCGGCGUCGAGAAGCUGUGGCGCGCCGCUGGUCUCAAGGAGGUGAAGCGCUGGCGCCGCGGCGACGACUACGGCCUUCAUCUACUCCAAAAGACCGACCUCCCCUUCAGCUCCCUCCCCUCGCAGUACGGCAGCGUCCUGCCCACCCUCCAAGACUGGUCCGCCCUGUGGCAGGCCUGGGACGUCGUCACCAAGGGCAUGCUCUCCUCGCGCGCCCUCCAGUCCCGCCCCAUCAAGCUGCGCAACGCCUGCGUCUUCUACCUCGGCCACAUCCCGACCUUUCUCGACCUGCAGCUCUCCAAGGUCACCGGCUCCCCAUCCACGGAACCCGCCGCGCUCUACCAGUCCAUCUUUGAGCGCGGCAUCGACCCGGACGUCGACAACCCGGAGCACUGCCACGCGCACUCGGAGAUUCCCGACGAGUGGCCCCCCGUCGAGGACAUCGCCGCGUACCAGGCCCGCGUGCGCGCCCGCCUCGCUGACUUGUACGGCGAGGGGGAGAGCAUGCCCCGCAGCGUGGCGAGGGGCGUCUGGGUGGCGUUUGAGCACGAGGCGAUGCACCUGGAGACGCUGCUGUACAUGAUGCUGCAGAGCGACCGGACGCUGCCGCCGCCGCACGCACCGGCGCCGGACUUUGCGGCGCUGGGCGCGGCGGCGCGGAGGGCGCGCGUGCCCAACGCCUGGGUGGACGUGCCGGCGCAGACGCUCACGGUCGGCAUGGACGACCCGGAGGACGGCACGGACCCGAGCGUGCCGUUCGGCUGGGACAACGAGAAGCCCUCGCGGCGCCGCGAUGUGCACGCCUUCCAAGCCAAGGCGCGGCCCAUCACCAACGAGGACUACGCGGACUACCUGUACAGCACCAAGAACGGCGCCAUCCCCGCAUCGUGGGCCAUCCGCGAAGAGGCCGGUAGUAGCCCGGUGCUGAACGGCGCGGGCCGCUCUGAGUACCCGAUGCAGCCGUACUUGCGGGACAAGGCGGUGCGCACCGUCUACGGGCUCGUGCCGCUGCAGCACGCGCUCGACUGGCCCGUGGCCGCCUCGUACGACGAGCUGGCCGGCUGCGCCGCCUGGAUGGGCGGCCGCAUCCCGACCGCCGACGAGGCCCAGAGUGUCUACGCCUUUGCCGAGCAGCAGAAGGAGGAGGCGUCCAUGCACAGCAAGCUGUCCAACCGGGUCCCGGCCGUGAACGGCCACCUGGUCAACGACGGCGUCGAGGAGACACCCCCAAGCUCAGCAGCAGCGCAGGUCAAUGGCAGCAGCAGCACCACCACCACCACCACCCCGCUGUACAUUGACCUGGACGGUGCCAACGUCGGCUUCAAGACGUGGCACCCGCAGCCCGUCACGGCCGCCGGCGACGCGCUGGCCGGGCGGGCGGGCAUGGGCGGCGUCUGGGAGUGGACCAGCACGCCGCUGGCCCGGCACGACGGCUUCGAGCCCAUGCCGCUGUACCCGGCCUACACGGCCGACUUCUUCGACGGCAAGCACAACGUCGUGCUCGGCGGCUCCUGGGCCACCCACCCGCGCAUCGCGGGGCGCCGCAGCUUCGUCAACUGGUACCAGCGCAACUACCCGUACGCCUGGGCCGGCGCCCGGCUCGUCCGCGACCAGCUCUAG